AUGGAGCAGAACCAGGAGGACCUGUUCAUCAAACCCGGAAACCAGGAGCGAGGCUGGAACGACCCUCCACAACUUUCAUAUGGACUCCAGACGAGAGGAGCCAAGACCAGCCGACUGUACCAGAGAGAGAGACCUACAGGUCCAGGAACACCACCCAUGACCCCGCCCACAUCAACUCUGGCCCCGCCUCUGUCUGCUGUAGCCCCGCCCAUAUCACCUCUGGCCCCGCCUCCCUGCAGUCCAGUUCCACCUCCCAUUGGCUCGCGAGUAGCCCCGCCUACUGCCUCUGGUCCAAUCAGAGCCCACAAUGGUUUUGUCCAAUCAGAGCCGGAGCCUGAAGUCGAGGAAGUGAUGUCAGUGCUGAGGGCGGCGCUGGAGGCGUGCAGAGAGAACGUCAGCUCUCAGCUCUGUGUGGAGAUAGAAAAACGUCUGAAGCUGCUGCUCCAGUGUUGGACGAGUGGACGUCUGAGCAGCGGAGUGAAGAGGAGGAUGAAGAGUCUGAGCUCCGAUCUUGUGGCCUCUCGUUGGGACUCUGCGGAUGAGGCUCAUCGCUCUCUGAUGGUGGAUCAUGUGACUGAGGUCGGCCAAUGGAUGGUCGGCAUCAAGCGACUCAUAGCAGAAACCAGGAAGUUGAGUCCGGAGCAGCUGCGGCCUCUGACGGCGCUGGACUGUGAUGUCACCGGCUCCGGUUAA